AUGUGGCGAAGCCUUGUGAAGACGCGCAGACUCGCGCCGCCAUCGCGCAGCCUUGCGAGCGUCGCUUCCUCGCCUGUCGUGGACACCGAGUCGGAUGUGGUCAUUGUGGGCGGAGGCGUCGUGGGCACGAGCAUCGCGUACCACUUGGCCAAAUACGGGGCGAAGAACGUUAUCUUGCUCGAGAAGACGGAGCUCACGGCCGGCUCGACGUGGCAUGCGGCCGGCCUCGUCACCUACUUCAACCCGGGCAUCAACCUCAAAAAGUUCCACCAAUACAGCCUCGACCUGUACAAGACCUUGUACGAGGAGACAGGCGCGAGCGUCGGGCUCCACGAGCCUGGGAGCAUUCGCAUCUGCACGACGCCGCAGCGCAUGGACGAAGCCAAGUACCAGCAGUCGCGCCAAAACUGGCACCCCGGCUACCAGAAAAUCAUCACGCCGGAAGAAAUCGCGGUGCUGCACCCUCUCCUUAACAUGGACGGGAUCCUUGGCGGUAUCCACACCAAGGGCGACGGCCACAUCGAUCCCUACAGCGUCACGAUGGCGUUGGCCAAGGGCGCUCGGCAGCACGGGACCACGAUCCUCCAGCACACGCCGGCGCUGUCGUUGCACGAGCGCGCGGACGGCUCGUGGGACGUUGCGACAAAGCACGGGACGCUCCACGCCAAGACCGUGGUCAAUUGCACGGGGUUUUGGGGGCGCGAGCUCAUCGAACAGCUCGGUGUCGACCUGCCCCUCGUGAGCAUCGAGCAUCAGUACGUCAUCACCAACUCGAUCCCGGACGUCCAAGCGCUCCCAUCGGAGCUCCCCGUGAUCCGCGACCUUGAAAACUCGUACUACCUACGCCAAGAGCGCACGGGCAUGCUCAUCGGACCCUACGAAGAGGCAGCCAAAAUGCAAGUGCGUCUCGAUUGGCAGGCGACCGGCGUGCCCCCGAGCUUUGGCAAGGAGCUCUUUCCGUCGGACGUCGACCGCAUCUUCCCGCACCUCGAAGCUGCGAUGGAGCGCAUGCCGAGCCUUGCGGACGCCGGCAUUCAAAACGUGACUUGUGGUCCCAUCUGCUACGCGCCGGACGCGCUCCCGAUCGUGGGGCCGCUGCCGCGCCACGGCAGCAAGCGUCUGCCCAACAUCUUUGUUGCCAACGGCAUGUCGUACGGCAUUGCACAUGGCGGCGGCUGCGGCGACUACGUUGCUCGCUGGAUCCUCGACGGCGAGCCGCCCUACGACCUCACCGAGAUCGACCCGUCCCGCUACGGUACGUGGACGACACCGGCGUACGUCGCAGAGAAGGCUCGGGAAAGCUACGGCGACAACAAUUUGAUCACGCACCCGUACAUUGACAAGAAGCGCGGCCGCAACAUGCGUCCGACGUCCCUAUACACGCUACUGCGGCAGAAGGGCGCGCAGUUUGGUGCUCACGCGGGCUGGGAGGUACCCCACUGGUUUGCGGCGACACCUGACGAGCAAGGCCACGAAGCGUCGUUCUACCGCACCAACGCGUUUGCCGCCGUGAAGCGCGAAUGCCACGUCGUCAUGGAGCACGUCGGCAUCACCGACCUCAGUGCGUUUAGCACGUACGAGGUGUCGGGACCCCGCGCCCGCCACUUUCUCGAGUCGCUUUGCGCCAACUCGAUCCCAGAGACGGGCAAGGUCCGCGUCUGCCACAUGUUGACGCCCAAGGCCAAGGUCAUGGCCGAGCUCACCAUCUCGGCCAUCGCGGACGACCACUUUUACGUCGUCACGGGCUCGGGUUCGGAGCUCCACGAUCUCCGAUGGAUGGAAUCGUACUUGGACGAAUGGCAAUACAGCAGCCAGGACGUGAGUCUGCGCAACACGUCCGACGACGUGGGUGUCUUGGGCGUCGCAGGGCCGGACGCCGAGAUCCUCUUGCAGCACCUCACGCGCACGGACGUCUCGGCGGCCACGUUUCCGUUCAUGCACUUUGCGACCAUGGACGUUGCGGACGUCGCGACGCGGGUCAUGCGUCUGAGCUUCACGGGCGAGCUCGGCUUUGAGCUUCACGUGCCGCUCAACGAGGUGGCUACCGUGUACAAAGCGCUCUGGGCGGCCGGUGAUAAGCUCGGUCUACGCGUCGGGGACGUCGGCACGUGGGCCGUGAACGCGAUGCGGCUCGAGAAGGGCUUCCGAGUGUGGGGCCUUGAUAUGAACAAGGACACCAACCCGCUCGAGGCUGGCCUCGGCUUCUUCGUCAAGGUCAACAAGAAGACGCCUUACAUUGGUCAAGCAGCAGUGCAGCAGAUUGCAAAGGACGGACCCGCGCGCACACUGGUGAUGCUGGACGUGCACAACGACCCGCCCAAGCCGGGCCACCGACUCAUCGAUGCGGCGGGCAAUGAAGCGGUGUGGAGCAACGGACGCGUCGUGGGUAACACGACGUGCGGUGGCUAUGGUCAUAUCGUGGGCAAGAGCAUUGCCUUUGCCUAUGUACCCACGGAGCUCGCAGUGCCCGGCCACUCGGUCGACAUCGAACUCGUUGGUCACCUCUACAAGGCGACAAUUGCGCUCGAGCCGUUCAUGGACACGCAGCCAACGCGAGUGCGAAAGGAGCUCAAGAAGAAGAAGGCGCAAGCCAUUGUUGGGUAGUUGUUGGAGGUUUGCGUAAACAACACGGAGUACACAUUGAUUUUGCCCUACGAA